UGGUAAAACAAUUGAUUUAUUUACAGAAGUUAAAUUCUAAUUCAUUUUUAUUUGAAUUUAUUUUAAAGUUUAAGGGACCCAAGGAACUAAGUAACAAACACAGUUACAUAGAACAAGUUGAAGUGAGUAAAUAACACUUAGCUCACAAUAGUUGAUAAACCAAAGUUUAUUCAUACGAACUCAGAGCGCACCAUUAUCUAUCUAUAUAGGAAAGGGAAAAAAGCGCUACAUAAAUUGGAGGCACCGCUGGGAUCCUUGCGUGUCCCAUUACAGUUGUGUUGUAAAAGAAGAAACAAAAGUCUCCGUCUUCAUCUAGUUAGCACAGUGUGACCAUGACUGCUUACUCUAUAUAUCCUGGUCUGGUGGAUGAGCUUAAAGGAUGGUGUCGAGGAGAAAUGCUUAAUGAGGCACAUGCGCUGAUGGUCAUUGUCCCUGAAGAUGUAGAAAUUUCUCAAAUAGAAGACACCCUCCAAUCUGUUAAAUGUCUGGGACGAGUGCGUGUGAGAGGACGCAUGUACAACAGUAAACUGGAUAGUUUGACUGUUUUAUGUGAAUGCAAAGAAGUUGUAGACUUUUCUAAAGUCCCUCCUGACAUACUACCCACAGGCGGACUUGUAGCCUGGCCGAUUGUCAUGGUGACACAAAGUCCAGUAUCCCCAAGUGCUCCCUCUAGGGCAGAGCAUUCAUCUACCGCUGUGGAUGAUGGCAACAUUCAGGAAUUGUUGGGUGCACAUGAUGGCUCGGCUGAGUCCAUUAUUCGUGCCGUGGGGGAUCUGCUGUCUAAAAUAGAAAAACCAGUUAGUGAUAGCAGCAGUUAUCGCCGCCUCCGUGUUUUUUCUGGGACUGUGCCAACUCCUGCCGGAGAAGAGCCUUUAGAACAUUGGCUAGAACAAGCUCGUCUUAUGGUUGAAGAAAGCGAUUGCUCAGACAAAGAAAAAAGACGUCGGAUUAUGGAGAGUUUACGAGGGCCAGCCUUGUCAAUAAUAAAAGCUGCUCGUGUAACUACUGCUGAUCUCAAGCCAGAACAAUGUUUAGAGGCCAUUGAAAGUGCCUUUGGUUCUGCUGAAUCAGGGGAAGAGCUGUAUAUUGCUUUUCGGUUGAUGCAGCAACAGCCAAGGGAAAAACUGUCCGAUUUUUUAAAAAGAUUAGAACAAGCAUUGACCAAAGUCAUACAGCGAGGUGGUCUGUCGGUUGCAGCUGCAAACCGUGUAAGAGUGGAACAGUUACUUCGUGGAGCAGUGGCUGCUGAUCUUAUGUUAGUUAAUCUUAAACUGAGGGAAAGGAAGGAAAAUCCUCCAUCCUUUUUGGAGUUGUUGAGUGAGAUUCGCAGUGAGGAAGAAUAUGAGGCAUCAAGGGCUAAGCUAAACUCCACUGUGCAUAAGAUCCAGGCUAAAGCAGAGGUAGACGAUAAGCAGACAGAAAUCCAGACUUUAAAAACUGAGUUAAAGGAACUGAAAGCCAUGUUUGCUUCUAUGGCAGCCACCCAGCAUGGAACUGUGAAAGAAGAGACAUCUGCUGGUUCAAGUAUGAAAACUACAACCUUUGAAAGUUGUCCAGACCCUGAAGUGACUGCGCUGAAAAAACAGGUCAAAAGAUUGCAGCAGAAAGUUCAAAGUAAAAAGCCUAUUGCCUCUGUGGCCUCCUUGCCUGUGGAGACUUCUAGAAAUUUCCCUGGUACAUAUAAGCCAACAACGUACAGUGAUUCGGAGGAAUAUUACUGCUACCGCUGUGGAGAAAGUGGACACUUCGCCGCAAAAUGCAGAAAUGCUGAAAACCAAGCAAAAGUUGUUCGAAGAUUAAUCCAGUCACUGAAAAAAGCCAAAAGUAGAGACUUGCUUUCAUCUGAGCCAACAUCCAGUACAACCAACUGUUCAGUAAAAAGGAGUGCUGUAGACAUACAAAAGCAAAGGCACCUUCCAGAAGGCUUGGUUGGUCCAAUGUCUGUUGUUCAGCUAAAGGUGAACGGACAUGAAUGUGAUUCCUUAUUAGACAGUGGUUCACAAGUAACCAUCAUCUUCGAAGCGUGGUACAAGCAGCAUCUGUCUGAUGUUCCAAUUCACCCAGUCACAGGUUUGGCAAUUUGGGGUUUAAGUGAGUCCAGCUACCCUUACUUGGGUUAUGUGAUGGUAGAUGUUGAGUUCCCUGCCAAAAUCACAGGAACUCAUGAAACCCUUUCAGUCUUGGCCUUAAUCUGCCCGGGACCAUGUAGUCCAGAUCAAACACCAGUUAUUUUGGGUACCAACGCUAACCUUUUCAAGCGUUUGGCUCAUUUGUGUAGAGAAAGUGCUGGAGUGGACAUUGCACAGACAUUGGGCAUAAAUGUGGAUUCAGUUUCCGAAGAAUUGUCAUGUGACCCUGCUAGGAUCUUUGGUGAAGACGAAGGAGUGGGCAGUGUAAGGUGGCUUGGUCCUGGCCCUUUGUCCUUGUCCCCUGGAGGGGAUUGUGUGGCAAUCUGUAAUGUAGAGUUAAAUGAACCAUUAGGAGAAGAGGUUCUGUUGGUAGAGGCUUCUCCAGAUGCCACUCUGCCAGUUGGAGUGUUACUGCAGCCCAUGGUAGUGCCACAUUCUGAAAUGGAUGUUCACCAUUUUCCAGUACUGAUGCACAAUGAAUCCCUGAAGGACACAGUGAUUCCAGUAGGAACAGUGGUUGGUCACUUGUAUUCUGCAGAACCAGUAAUAUCCACCCCAAAGACAGGAGAGUUUGAUACAAACCUCAUUAACUUUGGAGAUUCCCCAAUUCCUGAGACAUGGAAGCAGAGGUUAAGGCAGGCAUUGUCGGAAAGAGCUUCUGUGUUUUCACUACACGAGUGGGACGUGGGUUUGGCGAAAGGAGUGGAACACCAUAUUCGGCUAUCCGAUUCUAGGCCUUUUCGUGAGCGCUCUAGGCGUUUGGCUCCUGCGGAUAUUGAUGAUGUUCGGAAACACAUUCAAGAGCUUAUGAAAUCUGGCAUCAUCAAGGAAUCACGAAGUCCCUACGCCUCCCCUAUUGUUAUCGCCCGAAAGAAAAAUGGAAGUGUAAGAAUGUGCAUCGACUAUCGCACACUUAAUGCUCGUACAGUGCCUGACCAGUAUACUACUCCUCGCAUUGACGAUGCACUAGACUGUUUAUCAGGGAGUAGAUGGUUUUCCGUCCUUGACCUCAGAAGUGGUUAUUACCAAAUAGCUAUGUCUGAAGAGGAUAAGGAAAAAACUGCUUUUAUAUGCCCCUUAGGAUUCUAUCAAUUCGAGCGUAUGCCACAGGGCAUUACUGGGGCACCCGCGACUUUCCAACGCUUGAUGGAAAAAGCUGUGGGGGAUAUGAAUCUGAUUCAAGUCCUUGUAUACCUGGAUGACCUGAUUGUCUUUGGGAAGUCAUUGGAAGAGCAUGAAGAAAGACUUCUGAAGGUCUUGGACAGACUAGCACAAGUGGGACUAAAAGUGUCAUUGGACAAAUGCCAAUUCUGCCAGACCAAGGUCAAAUAUGUUGGACAUAUAGUCUCUGCCGAAGGCGUUGCAACAGACCCUGAUAAGGUCAAGGCAGUCAGCACAUGGCCGCAACCAACAGACCUUAAGUCCUUGAGAUCUUUUCUUGGCUUCUGCGGAUAUUACCGUAGGUUCAUAGCCAACUACGCUGCGAUUGUCCGACCUCUUACUGAGCUUACGAAAGGUUAUGCCCCUACCCAGCGAGGUAAAAAGUGGGAAAAAGAUCGAUCUAAGGCUUACUUGAAAGAGUCGGAGCCUUUCGGAGACAGAUGGAACCAGUCAUGCUCUGAUGCCUUUGAGCAGAUAAUUCAGUGUCUUACUAAUGCUCCAGUCCUAGCUUUUGCAGACCCCUGCAAACCCUACAUUUUGCAUGUAGAUGCCAGUCUAAAAGGGCUAGGUGCUGUAUUAUAUCAGGAGCAUUCAUCUGGUCUGCAGCCUGUGGCAUUUGCUAGUAGAAAACUGAGUAAUUCAGAGCAGAAAUAUCCUAUACACCAGUUGGAAUUUCUUGCUUUGAAAUGGGCGGUCAUGGAUAAAUUCCACGAUUACCUAUAUGGAGCUAGAUUCACAGUACGUACGGAUAAUAAUCCACUUACGUACGUUCUUACGACAGCUAAACUCAGUGCCACUGGACAUCGUUGGCUGGCUGCACUAUCCACCUACGACUUUGAUGUGUUGUACAGACCAGGCAAGAACAAUACUGAUGCAGAUUUACUGUCCCGUAAUAUGGCAGAUGAGGAAAUAAGAGAGGGUUGGCAAAGCAUCUCUGAGACCGAUGUAAGGGCCAUAUGCCAGGAAGUUCAUGUUGACUUAAAGCUCAGCAAAUCACCUAGGUAUGUAGAGCAACUAGCAGCCUCACCUGAGUGUAUUCCUGAUGUGUAUGCUUUCCCUGUUCAACUGGAAUGUGACUUCUUGGAGCAGAAAUCCAUAGCUGAUUUGACAAGAGCCCAGAAGAAUGAUGUUGUCCUGAGGAAAGUAAUUGAAGCUUUAAAGCAAGGGACGUGGCCUACUGAGGUAAAGGUGAAUUCUGAGUUGUGGCUUAUGAAACGUGAGAAGAAUAGGCUUCUAAUUAAAGAAGGUUUGCUUUUCCGCUGCAGUCAAACACCCUCUGGAGAAGAAGUUUCCCAACUUGUCCUACCUACUGAAUUCAGGGAGGAUGUGUGCAGGUUGUUGCAUGAUGAUAUGGGUCAUCUGGGUGUAGAAAGAACCACAGAUCUCAUCAGGAGUAGAUUCUACUGGCCCAAAAUGGCCUGCGAGGUGGAACAAUACAUAAAGAAUUGUGGGGAGUGUAUUACUCGCAAGACACCAUGUAGUAAAGCAGCUCCUUUGCACCAAAUUACCAGCAAUGGACCGAUGGAUCUGGUCUGCAUUGAUUUCCUCUCACUUGAGCCCGACUCAAAAGGAAUAAGUAACAUCUUGGUAGUCACAGAUCAUUUUACACGGUACGCCCAGGCGUUUCCCUCAAGGAAUCAGACAGCUCGCACUGUAGCCAAGAUCUUAGUGGACAAGUAUUUUGUGCAUUAUGGCUUACCUGGGAGGAUCCAUUCCGACCAAGGGCGAGACUUUGAGAGUAAUUUAAUCAAAGAGCUCUUGCUUCUGUUGGGGAUUCGAAAAUCACGUACCACUCCGUACCACCCUCAAGGUGAUGCUCAGCCUGAGAGGUUUAAUCGUACCUUGCUCUCGAUGUUGGGAACCUUGGGACAUGAGAAAAAACGUCAGUGGAGUCAGCAUAAAUAUGUGCACAAGUUGCUGAAAAAUAAGAGGACCAGGGACAGAUCUCCUGAUAGCGAUGGAAAUGAGCAAGAAGCUGAUGAUACUGGUCAUGAGGAAAGUGAUCAGGCUGAGGAAGACUGGACUGAAAAUGAUAAUGUUGCUGAAUCUGAGUCAGACUCAGAAGUUGAAUCAGACACUGUGACUGUUUCUGAAAGGAAGUGUACAAAACCAAAAGCGGUUAUGCCUCCUAGUCAGAGAGCCCAUAGGCCCUCCAAUGAUGCCCUUGUGCGUUGUGCCCAGAAUGCAAUCUGUGGCAAACAGCCCUACGCUCCCAGGGAGGAUUAG